AUGACGGCACACCAAAAUGACACUGACCCCAGUGGAAUUUCAGACUUCCUUCUGAAUUGUUUUGUCACAUCUCCUGGUUGGCAACUCUGGCUGUCCCUGCCCCUCAGUCUCCUCUUCCUCCUGGCCAUGGGGGCCAAUGCUGUCCUUCUGAUCACCAUUCGGCUAGAGGCCUCCCUGCAUGAGCCCAUGUACUAUCUGCUCAGCCUCCUCUCCCUGCUGGACAUUGUGCUUUGCCUCACUGUCAUCCCCAAGGUCCUGGCCAUGUUCUGGUUUGACCUCAGGCUCAUCAGCUUCUCUGCCUGCUUCCUUCAGAUGUAUAUCAUGAAUAGCUUUCUAGCCAUGGAAUCCUGUACAUUCAUAGUAAUGGCCUUUGAUCGCUAUAUAGCCAUCUGUCAUCCACUGAGAUACCCAUCCAUCAUCACUGACCAAUUUGUAAUCAAGGCUGUCAUUUUCAUUGUGGCCAGGAAUGUCUUCUUAUGUAUGCCCAUCCCCAUUCUCUCAGCACGACUCUAUUACUGUGGGAGAAAUGUCAUUGAGAACUGCAUCUGUGCCAAUAUGUCUGUCUCCAGGCUCUCUUGUGAUGAUGUCACCCUCAAUCGCCUUUAUCAGUUUGCUGCAGGCUGGACUCUACUGGGAUCUGACCUUAUCGUCAUUUUCCUCUCUUACAUCCUCAUACUGCGAGCUGUGCUAAAACUCAAGGCUGAAGGUGCUGUGGCCAAAGCCCUCAGCACUUGUAGUUCCCACUUCAUCCUCAUCCUCUUCUUCAGCACCAUUCUUCUGGUCUUUGUCCUCACACAUGUGGCAAAGAGAAAGGUCUCUCCUGAUGUGCCAGUCUUGCUCAAUGUCCUUCACCAUGUCAUCCCUGCAGCCCUAAACCCCAUUGUUUAUGGGUUGAGAACCCAGGAGAUCAAGCAAGGAAUCCAGGGAUUACUGAAGAAAGGGUGGUAA